AUGGAUGAUCUCGCAGAUAUAGCAGAUUGUUCGAGUGAACGGAGUGAAUUGGUACCAAAAGACAAGGGACGAAUGGUCUAUUGGAUUAUUCUUCUCAAUGGAAUCGGUGUUCUUCUGCCAUGGAAUAUGUUCAUCACUAUUGCACCGGAGUACUACGUCGACUACUGGUUCACAGUGAAUGGCACCAAAACGUCGUACGCCGACAGUUUCAUGUCUGCUAUGGGAAUUGUCGCUCAAGUCCCAAAUUGUAUAAUUGCUGUGAUUAAUGUGAUGAAUUUGAUCAGGGGGCCUCUGAUCUAUCGAGUUCUUGCUCCGUUGGCAUUCAAUAGUUUAUUGAUUAUCGUUAUUUUGGCAUUGGUCAUUUUCCAGCAACCCAGUGAUGAUGCCCGUAACUGGUUCUACAUCGUCUCUCUCAUCAUCAUUAUGGCAAUGAACGGAUCAAAUGGACUCUAUCAGAACUCAUUCUUCGGAUUGGCUGCUGACUUCCCAGCUCAAUACUCGAAUGCAGUUGUCAUUGGAACUAACAUCUGUGGAACAUUCACUAGUGUGCUAGCGAUCGUUGCAACACUUGCAUUCUCGAAUCAGCCGAAGACUGUCGCUCUUAUUUAUUUUGCUAUUUCACUGUCUAUUCUGAUUAUCUGUUUGAUUUCGUGGUGGUUCUGUAAGAAACAGGAAUUCUACAACUACCACGUGUCAAAAGGAAACCGUGCUCGUGCCGCUCAAGCUCAAUCUUCAUUUGACUACCGACAAUAUCUGGAAACUUUCAAAUAUUGCUGGCUGCAAUGUCUCUGUGUAUUUCUUGUAUAUUUUGUGACACUUUCCGUCUUUCCAACAGUUCUCGUCGAGUUCUCACCAACAACGAAGAAUGGAGACUGGAAUUCAGUGAUUCCGAAAAAUGUGUAUAAUGGAAUCACAACGUUCUUGAAUUUCAAUCUGCUGGCUGCCAUCGGAAAUGUCUGUGCUACAUUUGUGACUAUUCCGGGUCCACGUCUUCUCAUAAUUCCAUGCCUUAUCCGUCUCAUCUUCAUUCCAUUCUUCAUGUUUGGAAAUUGUCUUCCGGACACUCGAUCAAUGCCAGUCCUCUACUCAAAUGAAUGGGUUUUCUUCUUCGGUAACACUAUUAUGGCAUUCACAAGUGGAUAUUUCUCAUCAUUGGGAAUGAUGUAUGCGCCACGUGUUUGCCCUCCGGAAUACUCAAAAUUAGCUGGUCAAGUGUCAGCUCUCUCCCUGGUUCUUGGUAUUACUGCUGGUGUUGGAUUCACUUAUGCAAUCAAUGCGAUGAUGAACAACUUCUAA